AUGCCAUUUUUGACAAGCUCAGCUCGAGUUCACUUUACGCAAGCCGAUCGAGAUGACUGCUAUCAAAAACAUUCUGCUUCUUGGGUCAGGAUACGUUGCACCACCUUGCCUCAACUACCUUCUUCGUCGAGAAGAAAAUCAUGUCACUGUUGCCAGCAGACGAAUUGAAAAUGUUGAAGCUCUUGCCGCAGAUCGGCCAAGAGUCACUCCAAUCUCACUGGAUGUAGACAGUGACAAGGCUCUUGAAGAAGCUAUUUCCAAAAGUGAUAUAGUGAUUAGCUUAAUUCCUUAUACGCAUCACGCCAGAGUGAUUGCUGCUGCCAUCAAACAUAAGAAACAUGUUGUUACUACUAGCUAUGUAUCUCCUGCCAUGCUUGCUCAUGAUCAAGCGGCCAGGGAGGCUGGAGUAACCAUAUUCAACGAAAUUGGUGUUGAUCCAGGUAUUGACCAUCUUUAUGCCAUCAAGACCAUUGAUGAGGUUCAUCAGCAAGGCGGAAAAAUUGUGUCAUUUUUGUCGUACUGCGGCGGUCUUCCUGCUCCAGAGGCAUCCAACAAUCCACUUGGAUACAAAUUCAGCUGGAGCUCGCGGGGUGUUUUGCUGGCUCUUCGAAACGAUGCCAAAUAUCUACAAGAUGGAAAGGUUGUUGAAGUCAAUGGUCCUAAUUUGAUGGACAUUGCCAAGCCCAUUUAUAUUUUCCCUGCGUUUGCAUUUGAAGGCUAUCCUAAUCGUGACUCGACUCCGUACAAUGAGCGUUAUGCUAUUCCAGAGUGUAAAACUCUUUUGCGUGGUACUUUGCGAUACCAAGGAUUCCCCAUGUUUAUCAAGGCUUUGGUUACGCUUGGAUUUUUGAAUGAUGCCCAUGUGGAUUGCUUGAGUGCUAAAUCUCCAGAAAUCAAAUGGAAUGCAGUGUUUGCUCAUGCACUUGGCACUCUUGAUACGAGCGAGUCGAACUUGACCAAGCUUGCUUUGGCCAAGACUGGUCUGGAAGGCGAGAAUGCUCGUCGGGUUCUUCACGGCCUUAAAUGGCUUGGACUUUUUUCAGAUACACUUGUCACUCGCAAGGAAACAUUGCUGGACACACUGUGUGCUACUCUUGAACAGAAGAUGCAGUAUGAGGAAGGCGAGCGCGAUAUGGUGAUGCUGCAGCAUAAGUUUGAGAUUGAAUGGGCCAAUGGCUCCAAGGAAACUCGUACUUCUACUGGACUGUGGUUUGGAGUGCCAGGCGGAGAUUCGGCCAUGGCGACUACUGUGGGAGUUCCGUGUGCAAUUACAACGCAGCUUAUUUUGGAUGGCAAGAUUAAACAGACUGGUGUACUUGCACCCAUGACUGGCGAACUUGUGUACCCCAUUAUGGAGGCGCUUAGAAAGGAGGGGAUUUAUAUGACGGAGGAAACACUUUGAAUAUCAAGCGAUAUGAUGGAAUGAAUAAAGUGUUUGAAUUGAUUCU